AUGAAGCUGCAUCUCCAGCUAAGCAUCGCUAGUGUGGCACUAGUGACUGCCCAAUGUGAGCUCCUCACGUCAACCUACACGGGCACGAAGGGCCUACAUGAACUGGCAAAGAUGCAUGGCAAAUACCUGGGUACAGCCACGGACCAUGGCGCAUUGACCGACAAGUUUUACGUCGCAGCCCUUCAGGACGUGAAAGAGUUCGGCAUGAUCACGCCUGGUAAUGCCAUGAAAUGGGAUGCGACAGAACCAACGCAAGACACAUUUACGUUUGCCAAGGCCGACGAGAUCGUUGCGCUCGCAGAAGAAGCAGGGGCUCAAAUCCGGUGUCACACGCUCCUGUGGCACUCGCAAGUCCCGAACUGGGUCCAAAGUCUCAGCAAAGCUGAGAUGCUAAGUGCUCUGGAGAACCACAUUACGAAAGUCAUGACGCAUUUCGGGGACACGUGCUAUGCGUGGGACGUGGCAAACGAGGUGAUGGGGGAUGACGCAGUGUAUCGGAAGUCGUUCUGGUACAACGCUACGGGCACGGACUACAUCUCGACGGCAUUCAAAACUGCCAACGCUGUCAAGAAGUCACUUGGUUUGAAGACAAAGCUGUACUAUAACGACUACAACAUCAAUGCGAUCAACGCCAAGUCAACGGCUGUGCUCGAUAUGAUCCAGAAGCUGCUGAUUGAUGCUGACAUCGGCAUCGACGGCAUGGGGUUCCAGUCGCACUCGAGUGCCUCCGACACGGAUACGAUCGAGGACCUUGUGGCAAACAUGGAGCGCUUCUCUGCUCUCGGACUUGACGUUGCGUACACGGAACUUGACGUCAAGACGAGCUCGCCCACGCCAUCGAAAGAGGAGGAAGAGCAGCAGGUUGUUGUUUACCAAAACACGAUUGCUGCGUGUCGCAAGGUGAAGAAAUGCGUUGGGGUGACGAUCUGGGACCAUUGUGACCAGUACACCUGGCUUAAAGACUCGGCUCCGCUUCCGUGGCACCAGCCGUCUGGAAAGGGCACGAAGCUUGUGCGCAAGCGUGCUUACGAUGGCAUUGCUGCUGGAUGGGGUACUUCUACUGCGAGUGGGGUCUCUUCAACGUCGAGCAGUUCGACUCCUGAAGGUGAGACUGAAAGCUCGAGCGCGAAAGACGAGAGCAGCCUUGAUGAUGCAACUUUGACGGAGGAUACGAGUGACGCUGAGGCACCGGGUGAUGCCGAAGCUUUGGCGGCGAGUGGCGCGACUGAGACCACGAGCAGCUUCGCCAGCGACGAUGACCCCGUUGAUGACGAGAUUACAAGUGACGCAAGCAACAGUAACGAGGUUACUGACACGACUGGCGCCUCAAGCCAAAGCGACUCGGUAACGCAAGAGCUACCGUCGUUGAAUUCUACAGACGCGGCAGACGAUAGCGGCACUCAAACUUUGCCAACGAAAAAGGUCGUUGCGUGCACUCGUCGACUUCGCGAGUAA